AUGAUUCACUGGACGCGGCAGAUCAAGGACGUGCUGAGGGCCCAAGAGGCGGUGGAGAGCCGUGAAAGCGCGGGCCCCCUGGAAGAGAUCGCCUUUUGGAAGAACCGCUGCACCGACCUCUCGGAAAUCAGCAAGCAACUGUGCCAGAAGGGGGUGAAGCACAUCGAGAGCAUCCUGAUGCUCUCCAAGUCGUCCUACGUGGCCCCCUUCCAGCGGCUCUCCAAGCAGAUCCAGGACGGGUCGGAGCAGGCCCAGUCAAACCUCCGCUUCCUCUCCAUCCUGAAGGAGCCGUUCCAGGAACUGGCCACUCUGCGGCCCAAAGAUAUCCCCGAAAAGCUGCCCCACCUCAUCAGCCUCGUCCGGAUCGUGUGGGUCAACUCCCCGUACUACAACAGCCGAGAGAGGAUCACGGCGCUCUUCCGGAAGAUGAGCAACAAGAUCAUCCAUAUGUGUUGCAAAGACAUUUCCUUGGACCGCCUUUUCGAGGGCUACAUCAACUCGACCCGCCAGACGUUGCACAGCUGCAUCUCCUGCAUGUCCUCCUGGAAGGACUGCUACCAGCAGGCAUCCUACAUGCACAACAAGCUUUCUGGGAAGGGAUGGGUCCUGGACCAGACCAGCAUCUUCGCCCAGGUGGAUGCCUUUGUCCAACGUUGCAAAGACCUCCUGGAGGUCUGCGACAGCCAGCAACACUUCGCCCGCUGGGAAGACGGCAAACAGACCCCGCUGCCCUGUUUCUCCGGUCAACAAGGUCCCCAGAUGACCAGGAGCUUGCUGGAGAUCGAGGAGACCUUCAGUAAAUAUCUCAACAACCUCCGGAAUGUGAAAGGAGGGAUUCUGGAUGUGAAGAACACAACCUGGCACGAAGACUUCAGCCGCUUCCGCGCAGGAGUCAAAGACUUGGAAGUCAUGACCCAGAACUUGAUCACUUCGGCCUUCGAGACGGUGAGGGACGUGGAACAUGGGGUGGAGAUUCAGGACAUCUUCGAACAUCUGUCCUCCCGAGAGGCCAUCAAGCGCACCUUCGACAAGAAGACGGUGGACGUUUUCAUGCUCUUCAACCGGGAGCUGUCCCUGGUCAACAAGGAACUCAGCAGGAAGACGCCUUUCCUGACGCCGUACAUGUGUCACUAUUCAGGCAUGGCCCACUGGAUGCGUGCGCUCCGGCGGCGCGUGGACAGACCCAUGAAGUGUCUCAGCAAAGCCCACUUCAUCCCUCACAUCGGGACCGGAGAAGAAAGCUUCCAGACCUACCAGCUUCUGGUGCAGGCCAUGGAUGAGAUCGAGAGGAAGACCUUCCACGAGUGGACCCAAGGCUUGGACAAGGACAGCUUGAAGCGUCUGGAUACCCCUCUCCUCAUCCCGAGUGCCGAGAUGCCGGGCAUGUUGGACAUCAAUUUUGACAAGCACCUGCUAAAGUUAUUUGUGGAAAUCCACUACUGGGAGAGAGUGCUAUUCGAGAUCCCGCAUUACGUGGUGGAGGUGUACGAACGGAAGGAAGACCUGAGGAACCUGAGGGAGAACCUCCUGCUGGUGGCCAUAGACUACAACAGGAUCAUCAGCCUGUUGUCUGCCGAGGAGAGGGGUCUGUUCCGGGAACGCAUCCGCUACCUGGACCGAAAGAUCCAACCUGGCCUCAAGAAACUCCACUGGUCCCUCAAGGGGGCCAGCACGGUCUUCAUCUCGGAGUGUCGUCUCCACGCCAGCAAGGUCCAGAACAUUGUCAACGAAUACAAAGCGGCCACCUUGGCCAUUGCACGCCACGCCCAGCAGAUGAGUGAGGCUCUGCUGGUCCGGAUCACUGGGAAGCGGAUCUACAACGACCUGGAGUUUGAAGAGGACCAGAAAGACCACCGGGACCUAGUCCAGAAGAAGCUGGUCACCUUCCACGAGGGCAGCAUUGCCAUCAUGCGGCAGACGUACGAAGUCUUCAAGAAUGAUGGGUCGGAGGUCCAGCAGCAUUGGUUCAACUACACGGUCAGGAUGAACCGGAUGAUGGAGGACGCCCUGCGGCUCAACGUCAAGUGGUCCCUGAUGGAACUCUCCAGGGCCAUCAACGGCGAUGGCAAGACCAGCCCCAACCCGCUCUUCAGGGUCAAGGUCAUUCUGCAGGACAGUUCACCUGGGCAGGCUCCCCAGGUGGCCUUCUCCCCCUCGCUUCUCCAGCUGGCAAGUAUGGUCAAUGACAUCAGCUCCCACCUGAUCUCCAGCAUCACGGUCUUCCGGCACCUUCCGGAGAUCCUCAUCCGGCGCAAGUUUGCCCGUGACCCCAUUUCCGUCCUUGUGGAGCGGGAUGAAGACAUCAAGAAAAUCCAGACUCAGAUCAGCGGCGGCAUGCAGACCAACGCUGGCCUUCUCCAGGGCUACCUGAAGACCUGGGACCGCUACCGAGAGAUUUGGGAGGUCAACAAAGAUGCCUUUAUCAACCGUUACCGGCACCUCAACCCGCUGGUCUCAUCCUUCGACGCUGAUACCGCUCGCUACAUGGAGGUGGCCAACAACGUCCAGAAGGAGGAGACAGUGCUCAGCAUCCAGUUUGUGUUGCUGGAUUGCUCCCACCUGAAGGCCGCCGUGGUCCAGCACUGCAACGAAUGGCAGAACAAGCUGACCAACCUGCUGAAGGAGAUGGCUACCGGCCGCUUGCAGGAGCUGACCGCCUACCUGCAGGACAACGCGACCGACAUCAGCCGUCCUCCGCAGACCCUGGAGGAGCUGAGCCGAAGCCUCCAGCUCCACGAGACGCUGCAGAACGACCUGCCAAAGAUCGAGGGGCAGAUCCCCCCCAUCCACGAGCAGUUUGCCAUUCUGGAGAAGUACGAGGUUUUGGUGGACGAGGAGGUGCUGCAGCUGCUGGGGGAUCUGAAUUCGGAGUGGCUGGCUUUCCAACAGUGCCUCCUGGACGGCGAGACCAUGUUGAAAAAACACAAGGAGAAGUUCAAGACGGGCCUGAUCCACUGUGCAGAUGACUUCAAGAAGAAAGCCCAAAAUCUCCUCCAGGACUUUGACAUGAAUGGUGGGUAUCUCCUCUCCCUCUCGGCCCAUCAUCCUCUCCUGAGAACAAAAAUACACUGGGACCAGGUAAAGGAUUUGGUCCUUCGGACGUUCGAUCAAGAAGCUGAGGACUUCAGACUGGAAAACAUCAUUGAGUUGGGCUUGGACAAACACGUGGAGAAGGUUGCUGAGAUCUCGUCCUCAGCCACCAAGGAACUGGCCAUUGAGCAGGCUCUUGAGAACAUCGCGAAGACCUGGGCUGUCACCACGUUGGACAUUGUGCCUUACAAAGACAAAGGACACCACCGGAUCAGGGGAACUGAGGAUGUAUUCCAGGCUCUGGAUGACAACCAGGUGGCCUUGUCCACCAUGAAAGCAUCACGUUUUGUCAAGCCCUUCGAGAAGGAGGUGGACCGGUGGGAACGCUGCCUCUCGCUCAUCCUGGAGGUGAUUGAGAUGUUACUGACCGUCCAGAGGCAGUGGAUGUACCUGGAGAACAUCUUUUUGGGAGAAGAUAUCCGCAAGCAGCUGCCCGGGGAAUCGUCCUCCUUCGACAACAUCAACAGCAGCUGGAAGAUCAUCAUGGACCGCUUUGUGAAGGACAACAACGCCCUGAGGGCUACUCAUUACCCAGGGCUUCUGGACAAGCUGGUAGAAAUGAACAGCGCUUUAGAAGACAUCCAGAAGUCCCUGGACAUGUACUUGGAGACCAAGCGCCAUAUCUUUCCCCGUUUCUACUUCCUCUCCAACGAUGACCUCUUGGAGAUCCUGGGCCAGUCCCGUAACCCGGAUGCCGUCCAGCCCCACCUCAAGAAGUGCUUUGACAACAUUAAGUGCCUGAAAAUUCAGAAGAUUGGGGCCACCCAGAGGUCAGAAGCUCUCGGCAUGUUCUCUCUGGAUGGGGAAUAUGUGGACUACACCCAUUCCGUACUCCUGGAAGGACCCGUGGAGGAGUGGCUGUGCGACGUGGAGAGGGCCAUGCGCUGGACGUUGAGGGAAGUGCUACGGAACUGCCGGAUGGCCUUGAAGAAGAUGUUGACCAAGAGAGACAAAUGGGUGAAGGAAUGGCCCGGACAGAUGGUGAUCACCGCGAGCCAGAUCCAGUGGACGACCGACGUGAGCAAGUGCUUGGCCACCUGUAAGGAGCGCGGCGACAAGAAGUACCUCAAAGCGAUGAAGAAGAAGCAGGUUUCCAUGCUCAACAAGUACUCGGAGGCCAUCCGGGGCAGCCUGACCAAAAUCAUGCGCCUGAAGAUCGUGGCGCUGGUGACGGUGGAAGUCCACGCCCGCGACGUCAUCGAGAAGCUCUACAAGAGCGGCUUGCUGGACGUCACCUCCUUUGAGUGGCUGAGUCAGCUUCGCCUCUACUGGGAGAAGGAUUUGGAUGAUUGUGUGAUCCGGCAGACCAACACUCAGUUCGCUUACGGCUACGAGUAUCUGGGGAACUCCGGCCGGCUGGUCAUCACCCCUUUGACUGACAGGUGCUACAUGACGCUGACCACGGCUCUCCACCUCCACCGGGGAGGGUCCCCGAAGGGCCCUGCAGGCACCGGCAAGACGGAGACCGUCAAGGAUCUGGGCAAGGCGCUCGGCAUGUACGUGAUCGUGGUGAACUGCUCGGAGGGCCUGGACUACAAGUCCAUGGGGCGCAUGUACUCCGGACUCGCCCAGACGGGAGCCUGGGGUUGCUUUGACGAAUUCAACCGCAUCAACAUUGAGGUCCUCUCAGUGGUGGCCCAGCAAAUCCUCUCCAUCUUGUCUGCUCUGGCUGCCAACAUGACCCGCUUCACCUUUGAAGGCCACGAGAUCAACCUGGUGUGGUCUUGUGGCAUCUUUAUCACCAUGAACCCAGGCUACGCCGGGCGCACGGAGCUGCCGGACAACCUGAAGUCCAUGUUCCGUCCCAUCUCCAUGGUGGUGCCGGACUCCACCCUCAUCGCCGAGAUCAUCCUUUUCGGAGAAGGCUUCAACAACUGCAAGAUCUUGGCCAAGAAAGUCUACACCCUCUACUCCCUGGCCGUACAACAGCUCUCCAAGCAGGACCACUACGACUUCGGCCUGCGGGCCCUCACGUCCCUGCUCCGUUACGCCGGGAAGAAGCGCCGGGUCCGGCCGGACCUCUCGGAUGAAGAGAUCCUCCUGAUGGCCAUGAAGGACAUGAACAUCGCCAAGCUGACCUCCGGGGACGUCCCGCUCUUCAACGCCAUCACCCAGGACCUCUUCCCGGGCAUCGAGUGCCCUGUCAUCGACUACGGCAAGCUGAAGGAGGUGCUGGAGGGGGAGCUGAGGGAGAUGGGGCUGCAGGUGAUCCCCUUCACCAUCAUGAAGGUCAUCCAGCUCUUCGAGACCAAGAACUCCCGCCACUCCUCCAUGAUCGUGGGCAACACCGGCAGCGGGAAGACCAUCACCUGGAAGGCCCUGCAGGCCACCCUCUGCAGCCUCCACAGGGCGGGAGACGCCGCCUUCAACCUGGUCCGGGACUAUCCCCUGAACCCCAAAGCAGUGUCCCUAGGCGAGCUGUACGGAGAGUACAACCUCAGCACCAACGAGUGGACGGACGGCAUUCUCUCCAGCGUCAUGCGGACGGCCUGCGCAGACGAGAAACCGGAUGAAAAAUGGAUCCUUUUCGACGGGCCGGUAGACACGCUGUGGAUCGAGAGCAUGAACUCGGUCAUGGACGACAACAAAGUCCUCACCCUCAUCAACGGGGAGAGGAUCGCCAUGCCCGAGCAGGUUUCGCUGUUGUUUGAAGUGGAGAACUUGGCGGUCGCCUCUCCUGCCACCGUUUCCCGAUGUGGGAUGGUUUACACCGACUACAGCGACCUGGGUUGGAAGCCAUACGUCCUAUCCUGGAUCGAGAAGCGUCCAAAGGUGUAG